AUGGCUCAUCAUAUUGGAGAGCAUUUCAUCGGUAUCAACCAAAUGGAUGGAAACUCAAGAUCUUCAUCAAAACGAGCAAAGUUGUUGGUCAUGAAGAUGGGUCCUCAGAUUAAGAAGCUCUCCAUCAAGCAACAGAAUGAGCGUCUGGAGAUUGAGAACAAAAUACUGGCGAUUGAGAACCACAAAAUGCGCGAGGAGUUGAGGACAUACCGAUGUGUUGCUUGCUUGAAGAUUGAAAAUGCCUGCCUGAAAGCUGAGCUUGCACGCUCGUUUCGUAAUGCUGCUGCAAUUCUAGAAGCUGAAGCACAAUCUGAACUGGAGGUUGGGUUUUCCUCUACAGCACCCCAGAUUCCAGCGGAUACUAGCGCAACUGGACCACUCCAGCCAGGUGACCUCAUCAGCAGGUCUGUGUCCUUCAUGAUCAGCCGAUACUCCCAGCAGCAGCCUGGCACCGACAAGAUUGUGCAGAGGCUGCAGAGACUUCUAAUGAGAAUCGACACCGUCGUCGAAGAAGCUGAGGGACGGCGCAUCACCAACCAGGGAAUGCUCCGUCAACUCAAAAUGUUGAGGCAAGGUAUGUACAGAGGCCACUACGUGCUUGAUGCUUUGAGAUUCCAAGCCAUCCGUGACAAGGAGGGGGAGGAGGUGAGCUAUUCAUCAUCUGCACUGUCUAAAUUAAGGCCACCUAAACGACUUCGUGCCUCUUGCGCCGGUGGUGGUAGCAGCGACAGAGAAGCUGUACUGUUAUCUGGUGCAAACAACAGCAUACAAGAAGAGCUGCAGCGGUUGGUCGACACCCUUGAAGACACCAUGGCUGGUAUGAAGGAGUUCCUUUUCUUCUUGGAGUCGUAUCCUCGGAUACUCCGCCAACCUUAUGGCACAUAUUUGAUCUUGGAUAAUUGCAUGUUUGGUCGGCAAACUGACCUGGAAAGGGUCCUGAAUUUCUUGUUGCGUCCCAAUGCUAUGCAUGAACUGGCUGUACUUCCGAUCGUUGGUCCAAUAAGAGUAGGGAAGAGCACUCUCAUUGAGUAUGUCUGUAGGGAUGAGAGUGUGCGCGAUCACUUCUCGACGAUCCUCUUCUUUCCAGAAGGCAGUCUCAAGAAUGAAGGACUGAUCGACCUAAGAGAAAACAAUUUUAAUGGUCUAGUCAGACAUCAGAAUUGUGCUUCUCAAAAAAGGUUGCUAAUUAUUAUUGAAAUAGCUGAGGACAUUAAUGAGAGAACAUGGAGAAGGAUGAAAUCUUCCAUAACCUGCAUGACACCACGCGGUGGAAGUAAAAUUAUAAUCACCAGCCGAUCAGAUAGAAUUGUGAAUCUGGGAACAACAGAAGCACUACGACUGGACUACCUCCCGCAAGAAGCUUAUUGGCAUUUUUUCAAGUCACUCGUAUUCGGAAGCACAAACUCAGAUGAGCAGCCGAAGCUGGCCUCAAUGGCCAUGGAAAUCGCUUUGGAACAAAGACAAUGUUUCCUAAGCGCGUAUAUCAUUGCUGGGAUACUGCGAGAUAACUUCGAUGGUCGAAUUUGGCGCACAAUUCUUGAAUGUGUGAGAGCAUAUAAACAGACAAAUCUCCUUAUGUUUGACCAGCACCCAAACCUUCGUUUGCGGGAAGAUGAACCGGUAUACUAUUGGAGAUUGGGGAAGAGCCACAGAUAUUUCUUGAUAUGCAACCAUCAUCAGUCAGAUUCCAAUGAGAAUAUUCCUAAAAUCAAUGUGCAGGACAUUCUCUUAGGAAAUGGUGGUACCCUACCCCGUGGAGAAUUUGAGGCUCUUUCAUGGAGAUCUCGCAUACCACCCUACUACAACUACACGAUAAGCUGUAAGAUGCAACCACCACAACUUACAGUAGGAAGGAAGAAGCGUGUGCAUCAGGAGGGAGAACAUUUGAUUUGAGUAACACACUGUUCAUGACUCACAUCAUGUAUGUCGUGAU